AUGGAUGACGCUGUCUGCUAUCAUGAAGGCGGAGAUAUCUUCCUUGAAGACAUCGAUAAUAAGAUGGCUGUCCUGCCGGAAAAGAUACCACAAAGGAAACUCACCAUCGAUGAUACACGAGUAGAUGAUCCGCACGCGACCCCGGAGGAACGGGCCGGUACCGCUCUACCACCAGCCGCCUACGAAGCUAUUUGCGGCAUUGAUGUCACAACAGCUAAACCGCUGGCGAUACUCCUCAAGGGACUGCUGUCGCCAAAGAUCAUCACCAACUCCACAUCGCCCUGGGCAUCACCCAUCGUAGUCAUCAUCAACGCUAACGGAGUCGACAUCCGCCUCUGUAUCGACUACGAGGUAGUGAACAUCCUGACGAGACUGACGGUGUAUCCCAUGUCGUUGAUCAACGACCUCCUCGAAGAUUUGGAUAAUGCGCUG